AUGUCAGACAACAAAACCAACCAAAACAGCAACGAAGAAGGCGGAGGCCUCCUAGGCGGGCUGACGGGCGGCCUCAACAACGUCCUCACGGGCGGCGACGGCCAGGGCGGCCUGGUGGGCGGCCUGUCGUCGACCGUCGGCAAGAUCACCGAGGGUCUGGGUGGCGCGGUCGGCGACACGACUAAAGGUGUUGGUGAUAUUGGUGGCUCUGCGACCCAGGGCGUCGGCAAUGUGGGCAAGGGCGUUACGGGCGCGGUGGAUAAUACUGUUAAGGGCGUUUCGGGAGGUGGGCAGGGGUCGGGGAAGGGAGAGUAG